AUGACAGGCGUUAAUAGUACAGAAGUUGUUAACAAUGAAGAGUUACAAUAUUUAAAUUUAUGUCAAAGAAUUAUUGAUGAAGGUGAAGAUAGGCCUGAUAGAACUGGGACAGGUACUUAUAGUAUAUUUGCUCCUCCUCAGUUGAGAUUCGAUCUUUCUGGUGAUAAAUUUCCCUUGUUGACUACCAAGAAAGUGUUUACCAAAGGUAUUAUUUUAGAGUUACUUUGGUUUAUAGCAGGUUGCACAGAUGGUAAGAAACUGUCUGAACAAGGUGUUAAGAUUUGGGAAGGUAAUGGAUCUCGUGAGUACUUGGAUAGCUUAGGUUUGACAGAUAGACGUGAAGGUGAUUUGGGUCCUGUAUAUGGGUUCCAGUGGAGACACUUUGGUGCAGAAUACAAGACUUGUGAAGAUGACUAUACUGGUAAAGGUGUUGAUCAAUUACAAGAAAUUAUAUAUAAGAUUAAGAACAAUCCUUAUGAUCGUAGAAUUAUUAUGUCUGCUUGGAAUCCGCCAGAUUUCCCAAAGAUGGCAUUACCACCAUGUCAUGUUUUUUGUCAAUUCUAUGUUAACUUCCCAAAAGAUGGCAGUAAACCAAAACUAUCGUGUCUGUUAUACCAAAGAUCCUGUGACAUGGGCCUAGGUGUCCCAUUUAAUAUUGCAUCAUAUGCCUUGUUGACUAAGAUGAUAGCACACAUAUGCGAUAUGGAGGCAGGUGAAUUCAUUCAUACCAUGGGUGAUGCGCAUGUCUACAAAGAUCAUAUCGAGGCUUUACAAGAACAAAUGUCCAGGACUCCAAGAGAAUUUCCAAAACUGAAGAUCAAGAGGGACAUCAAGGAUAUCAAUGACUUUAAGUUUGAAGAUUUUGAAAUUGUUGAUUAUCAUCCUCAUGGCAAAAUCCAAAUGAAGAUGAGUGUCUGA